AAAUGACACUACUCUUAGACCAAACAAUCAUUAACGAAAUGCGUUUAGCUGUAUCACCAGUAAUUGAUGGGGAAUUAGUGCCCAAAUCGCCUAGAGAACUCAGAGAUGAAUUAGAUGUUUGCAAACCGGUGAUAUGUGGUCAUAGUCAACAUGAAGGACUUUUAUUUCUUGCAAUAGGAAUGCGUCGAGCAAAUAAUAAAUUACUAAAUUAUUGUAAAAAUAGAGUAUGUGCUCUCUUAAAAGAAGCAAGAAAAAGAAUGCCAAAUGAACAAUUAGCUAAUAAAUUAAUUCCUUUAGUUGAUGAAUUUGAUCAACUUUAUAAUAUUCCAAAAAUGGUAGCGGGAAAGAAAUUGAAAAUUUUUGAAGAUAAAACACAAAUACAAAAUACUUGUGUUACCAUAAUGAGCGAUUUAAUCAGCAAUAUAGCCACACAAAAUUAUUGUCAUCUCAAUAUGAAAAAACCCAAAUCCCAUAUUUGGCGUUUUAUUUUCGAACAUUACAAUUCAGAUAGUACUUGGUCUUUAAAUCCUUUCUUCCCCUUCAAAGCCAGCACUCACGGGAAUGAAUUAAAUUAUAUUUUUGGAAUUAAUUUUUUUGUUACUCCAUGGAGAAGGACGGAAGCUGACAAAACUGUUAAGAAGUUGACUACAAAGUGA